AUGUGUUGUGUAAAUGGUUUCUCACUCACACCUGAGAUACCCAAAGGUGUGGUGAUUCAAGGUAACAACAGCAACCCUGCCAGCGAGAAGUUCAGAAGAGUUCGCAACUGGAGCAUCACCAAAUAUAAGUAUACCAAGCAGGCUCUUUCGGAGAAGCUUGGCCGUGGGUCUCGUACCGUGGAUCUGGACCUGGAGCCCCGCCUCGAGCUGCUCAAAGACGACCGACAGCGCUAUGAAAAUGUGACCAGUCUGGCUCAGACACUUGCCAGUCAGCUCUCUCAGCUCACAGUUACCCAGAAGAACCUCGGCGAUGCCUUCACAGAACUCAGCGUCAAAACCCCAACUCUGCACCUGGAGUUUGGCAUAAAUGCAGACGCUCAGAGGUUUCUCUCCAAGAGCGGCGAAACGCUGACGGAAGCCAUCAACGCCUUCACAUCUGACAUGAACACACUGGUCAACAAAACCAUUGAAGACACAAUGAUCAAUGCUAAGCAGUAUGAGACUGUCAGGAUCGAGUAUGAUGCGUUCCGGGUCGAUCUGGAGGAGCUGAACAUGGGCCCCCGUGAUGCUGUCACCGUGCCCAAACUGGAGCAGGCCCAGAAAGACUUCCAGACUCAGAGGGAGAAGUACGAGAAGAUCCGAGACGACCUGUCAGUCAAAGUCAAGUUGCUGGAGGGGAACAAGGUCAAAGUCCUCCGUAAUCAGUUGUGGAUGCUCCACGGCGCCUUUGCAGCUCACAGCUUGUCCUGUCAGAAUUUCCUGGAGAAAAACAUCCAAGAGGCCGGAGAACAUCUCAACAACGUCAGCACCGAUGUCCCCUCCUUCCUGGAAGAAAGUUGACACAGCAAAGCAACAACCAAUAGUGUCGUAAGGCAGAAUCAGAGGGAGUCAGAGGAACAUUUGGCAUUCAUGGAUUCUCUGUGAGA